AUGUGGACUAGAGUGAAUCUUCUGCUGGUGUUGGUGGUGAUUAUUGGUGCCCAAGAAGAUGCCGAACCUGCGACACAGCCAGUAUCACACCUGUGUCACUUCGAGAAACCUCUGCAGGACCCGACAGACUCCGACACCGACCAGUACUGCGAUUGUGACGUACACAAUGCACCACCCUGGGGACUUCCGGAAAUUCAUAUCGAAUGCCGGAGGCACCAGAUUCGCGAUGACUUCUGGCACGGAUAUGAGCAGCUGCCUCAGGGCACGGUUAAGUUGGAUCUAUCACGGAAUGCGCUCACCGCCGUGCCGUUUCUAGUCGGGAGCGGUCUGCGCUAUCUGAAACUCAGCAUGAACCAGAUAACGACCGUCCCCGAUAAGGUGUUCGCUAACUUGUCCGCCCUGCUCGAGCUCGAUCUGAGCGGGAACCGUAUCGAAACCAUCGGCACCGACGCGCUGGCCGGCCUGGCGAUGAUCAAGCUGAUCGAUCUGAGUGACAAUCAGAUCAGCACGAUCGAGGUGAAUGCGUUCUCCCAGUUUAUCCACCUCGAACGGUUGGUUCUGUCCAACAAUUCACUCGGUGCGUUCUUCAACCGGAGCGAUUCGGAUCUCUACCUUCGCCUCGGUGUCACCACGAAGCUCAACAUUCUGGAACUGGAACGGUGCAACAUCACCGACAUCAAUCUGGCCAGCGGAGUCGGUUUGGAGCGAGUCCUCCUGGGCUACAACCGAGUGCAACAACUCUCCCGUCUCCCAAAGCAACUGUCCUACCUCGAUCUCAGUGGAACACCCAUCCGGAACCUGCCGGCCAAGUUCCUGCCCAACCUGCUGCACCUCGAAAAACUCUACCUCCAAGACAUGCCCAUCCUGUACACCCUCGACGAGUACGCCCUGUACGGCUUGCCGCGACUCACCCUGCUGAAUCUACAGGGUUCCCGCAACCUCUCCUCCAUCCACCCGUACGUCUUCGGCCAGAAUGUGGUGCGGAACGAAACCGGUACCGCGCUGAAGCAACUCAUCCUGAAGGGCACCAACAUCCGCACGCUCAAUUCCUCCCUACAGACGGCGUUUGAGAGCCUUACCGUGCUCGACAUCCGGGGCGCACCGUUGCGGUGCGACUGCGAGCUGCGCUGGUUACGGGACCUGCCGAACCUGAAGGUGAUCGGUUCCUGCUUCAAACCGAGCGCCCUCAGAGGGAAAACCUAUGGCACGAUCGAUUCGCACCAGUUCCAGUGCCGCGCCGAACAGUCCUGGGUGUACAUCGUGUUCAACGUGGUGCUGGUAAUCGUGCUGCUCGUCCUGGUCGCCGUCGGUAUCUUCCUGAUCAUUCGAGCGAUCCGACCGAAACCGCACGUCCAGAUGCGGAAGGUUGGAGCGACCAGUCCGUACGCUCGCGUUACGAUAGAACCGAACCAGGCGGAAGUGCUUUAG